CAGUGGUCUAUGGUGGUCUUUGUGAUGCAUUUUCUACUGAUAGCAGCAGCUGCUGCACUGAGCCUGCUUUCAUCUGGGAGACACACGCUCGCUCACACACACCCAGGGGCCCGGGCGGCUGAGCACCCCAGCCGCGCCUCACUCCUCCUGGGCUCUGCAGAAGACUGGGAUCCAGCCUCCAUCCUCACGGCUGCCUUUCCCUGAGAGCCAGGCUAGCGAGCGAUUUCUGCCAGCCGAUGAAGUGAUUUAUGAGCAUUACACAGCCGCGGUUCCUGCCAUACAGGUCACUGAAGCAUCAGAAAUCAAGCCUCAAAAAUAGAAAAAACAGAAGUGGUGGGGAGAGCAGUUGCGCUUCCGCGUCCUCACGCAGAAACCCAGAGGGAGAGGGACGCAGGCAGAGCAGACAGCUGUGCUGCGGACUGGAGCAUGCCCAGGUUUCACCGCCGCUCACCUGCUCUUGCACCCCGAAAUCCAUAGCCAGGUGGGGAGGCAGAGGGAGACUCCCCUUUUUUGCAGAGCCGAUACCAGCUGUAUCUGGCGCAAGCAGGUGUCACAUGGGGAACCUUCUUAAAGUGUUGACUUAUAACGACCUUGAACAAGGCCCUAAUUUUUUCCUUGACUUUGAACAUGCUCAGCCCACAGAAGCCGAGACAGCUGUGUGGAACCAGGUCAACGCAGUGCUAGAGGAGGCACAGACAAUCCUGGCUGAACUGCAGUCCUACACGGGGGCUGGCCUGGAGAUUAGAGAGGCAAUCCAAAAUCCCAAUGACCUCCAGCUACAGGAGAAGGCCUGGAAUGCCGUGUGCCCUCUAGUGGCAAAGCUGAAACGCUUCUAUGAGUUCUCUCUUCGACUGGAGAAUGCUCUGCGCAGCUUGCUGGAAGCUCUGACCAGCCCACCCUAUGCCCCGACUCAGCACCUGGAGAGAGAACAAGCCCUAGCAAAGCAGUUUGCAGAAAUCCUACACUUCACCCUCACCUUCGAUGAGUUCAAGAUGACCAACCCUGCCAUCCAGAAUGAUUUUAGCUACUACAGAAGAACCCUCAGCCGAAAUCGCAUUAAUAAUUUACAGUUGGAUGCCGAGACUGAUGUUAACAAUGAAAUGGCCAACAGGAUGUCUCUCUUCUACGCAGAGGCCACACCUAUGCUUAAAACUCUAAGCAAUGCCACAACCAAGUUUGUUUCAGAGAACAAGACCCUCCCCAUUGAGGACACAACUGACUGUCUAAGCACCAUGGCCUGUGUUUGCAGGGUGAUGCUGGAGACCCCGGAAUACAGGAGCCGGUUCACUAACACUGAGACCCUUCUCUUCUGCAUGCGAGUGAUGGUUGGAGUCAUCAUCCUCUAUGAUCACGUUCACCCCGUUGGGGCUUUCGCAAAGACCUCCAAAAUCGAUAUGAAAGGAUGCAUCAAAGUCUUGAAAGAUCAGCCUUCAACCAGCACAGAGGGGCUCCUGAACGCACUGAGGUACACCACUCGGCACCUCAACGAUGACACCACAUCCAAGCAGAUCCGGGCCCUGCUGCAGUGAGCGCCUCGAGAGCGGUGGGAUAGGGGCGGGAUCUGUCCCGCUGGGGCCUGGAGGCUUCACUUAGAACUGUCAGCAGAAAAUUUUAAAAGUUGCCAUGUUGCUAUAAAUAACCAUGAUCAUAUUCCUCAUUUUGUAAAGAAAGGGAAAAAGUUUUU